AUGACCUCCAAACCAGCCUCCUUCCACGAUGAAGGCCAAAUGGCCAAACCCACCGGCCUCGACGCCAUCCACACCGUUCGAAUUCCCCUCACCGAAGAAGACAGCAAACGCAUCUGUCGCAAGACUGACCGUGUUAUUCUCGUUAUUCUGGUUUGGGUAUACUUCCUUCAGAUUCUCGAUAAAUCUGUGCUCGGGUACGGCGCCACAUUUGGCCUUCAAGCCGACACUCACCUCACGGGCAACCAGUACUCGCUUGUUGGUUCAAUCGCCCCUAUCGCUCAGCUGGCCUGGCAACCAUUCUCUUCGUUCUUGAUCGUCAAAGUACCGCAUCGGAUUCUGAUGCCUUCGUUGGUGCUCGGAUGGGGGAUUGCGCAGACAUGCAUGGCGGCAUGCCAUAACUUUGGAGGCUUGAUGGCCACGCGGUUCUUCCUCGGUCUUUUCGAGGCCGGGUGUUUGCCACUGUUUUCUAUCAUCACAAGUCAAUGGUAUCGUCGUGCGGAGCAGCCGAUCCGUGUCGCAGCCUGGUACAGUACCAACGGGUUGGCGACGAUAGUGGCCGCCGCCCUGUCCUACGGCUUGGGACAUAUCAAGUCGGAUCUGCUCAAGGAGUGGCAAAUUAUCUUCCUCUUCGUCGGUCUCCUCACGAUCAUCACCGCCCCAAUCGUCUACUGGAAACUAGACAACGACAUCGUCUCGGCCCGCUUCCUGACUGAACAAGAGAAGCUGCAAGCGAUGGAACGACUCCGAGCGAACCAGACCGGCGCCGGAAGCCGCGAGUUCAAGCUCUCGCACGUCGUCGAAGCCGGCCUCGAGCCAAAGACAUACCUGUGGAUCGCGAUGGCCAUGCUCCUCAACAUCGGCGCGAGCGUGACCAACGUCUUUGGCCCGCUGAUCCUCAAGGGUCUCGGUUUCGACAAAUACACCACCACCCUGCUGAACAUGCCGUUCGGCGCGUUGCAGUGGAUCGUGAUUCUACUGGCCAGUUACCUAGCGCAAAAGGCCCGGUUGAAGGGCGCGAUCCUGGCGGCGUUCAUGGUACCAGUCGUUGCUGGGCUAGCGAUGCUGCAUGCCCUACCGCGCAACGGGUCGGUCCAGGGCGCGCUGAUGGCGGGAUACUAUCUGCUUUCGUUCCUGUUCGCCGGCAAUCCGCUGGUGGUGUCGUGGAUGGUCGGUAAUACAGCUGGUAUGACGAAGAAGUCGGUCGUUAUGAGUCUGUACAAUGCAGCCAGUGCAGCAGGUAAUAUUGUCGGACCGCUUCUGUUCAGCUCGGCGGAUGCGCCGACGUACCAUCCCGGUCUGCAAGCUUGUCUGGGGAUCUUCGUGGCGCUGGUCGCUGUUGUGUUGAUCCAGUGGGCUGAUCUGAUCCUGUUGAACAAGUUGCAGGAGAAGAAGCGAGUGCGGAAUGGGAAGCCGGCCAAGAUGGUGGAUCGCUCGAUGGAGGAUCACUAUCACGGUGCGGGAGGCGAUGAGGAGGGGAUGCAGGAGGAAAUGGGCAAUAAUGGACUCCUGGAUGUGACUGACCGGAAUAACGACGAAUUUGUAUAUAUCUAUUGA